AUGAGGCUACUCAAUACCAAAACACUUGAACUAACUUCUUUCAUUGGUCAAAUACCGGACUACGUUAUCUUGUCCCACAGAUGGGAGGAAGGAGAGAUAGUCUUCGGUGAUGUUUCCAAAGUCCCUCUCAGCAACCGAACCAACCCAGCUAGAACGAAGCGAGGUUUUGCCAAAGUUGUAGGCACUUGUACCCUCGCAAACAAAGACGGCUUCGAAUGGGUCUGGAUUGAUACCUGUUGUAUCGAUAAGUCCAGUUCAGCGGAAUUGCAAGAGUCAGUUAACUCAAUGUUUCGAUGGUAUCAACGAGCACAGAUUUGUUACGCAUAUCUCAGUGAUGUUGCAGACGAAUCUUCUGGCUGGGGUGAAGCGUUCAAUAGAAGCUUGUGGUUCACUCGCGGAUGGACACUACAAGAACUGCUGGCUCCUUACACUGUAGAGUUCUAUUCGGCAGACUGGAAACCCAUAGGAACCAAGUUUUGCCGAUCCAAACAAGUCGCCUCAAUCACAGGAAUCGAAGUUACGGUUCUAGAGUCUGACUGGGUGACUACAGAAGACAAAUUGUGUGCUGCACAAAAGUUGUCCUGGGCUGCACACCGACACGUAUCCAAGGUGGAAGACAAAUCAUAUUGCCUGUUUGGACUCUUCAAUGUAAAUUUGCCGCUCUUAUAUGGCGAAGGUGAAGUCAAGGCAUUCCGGAGACUGCAGCAGUCUAUUUUUGAGGAAAGCGCCGACCAUAGUCUUUUC